GGAGGGCUGCCCGCUGCUGAGCGCGUCGAUUCGCUCCGGACUCCCUCGCGGCCUGGCCAGGGGGAGGUGUCUGCAGCGCCAGGUUCCCGGGACGCGCGCCCCCAGGUCCGCCUGCUCCGGGGCGGCGGGCACGGCGCGCGCUGGAGCUCCGGCCCGGGCUUAACCAACUCUCCUCCUCUCGUGCUUCCCCAGGCGGCUGCAGCCCCAGCCCUCGCGGCGGCGCCCCCGGGCCUCCCCCCGCCCCGCCCCGCCCCGCCGCGCCCCGCCCCGCCGAGAGCUGAGCGCCACCGAGCCCGGGCCGCGGGCGGGCGGGCGGGCGGCGAAGAUGGCAGAGGCGCCGGCCUCCCCGGCCCCGCUCUCCCCGCUCGAAGUGGAGGUGGACCCGGAGUUCGAGCCCCAGAUCCGGCCGCGCUCCUGUACGUGGCCCCUGCAGAGGCCGGGCUCCCCGGGCGCUGCGGCCAAGCCCUCGGGGGAGGCGGCCGCCGACUCCAUGAUCCCCGAGGAGGACGACGAUGUGGACGACGAGGACGGCGGCGGCCGGGCCGGCUCGGCCAUGGCGAUCGGCGGCGGCGCCGGCUGUGGCGCGAGCGGCCCGCUGGGCUCCGGGCUGCUCCUGGAGGACUCGGCGCGGCUGCUGGCGCCCGGAGGGCAGGACCCGGGGGCCGGGCCGGUCGCGGUGGCGGGCGCGCUGGGCGCGGGGACGCAGACGCCGCUGCAGCCCCAGCCGCUGCCGCCGCCGCAACCGGGCACGAGCGGGGCCUCCUCCGGGCAGCCGAGGAAAUGCUCGUCCCGCCGGAACGCCUGGGGGAACCUGUCCUACGCCGACCUGAUCACUCGCGCCAUCGAGAGCGCCCCGGACAAACGACUCACCCUGUCCCAGAUCUACGAGUGGAUGGUGCGCUGCGUGCCCUACUUCAAGGAUAAGGGCGACAGCAACAGCUCCGCCGGCUGGAAGAACUCUAUUCGGCACAACCUGUCGCUGCACAGCCGCUUCAUGCGGGUCCAGAACGAGGGGACCGGCAAGAGCUCUUGGUGGAUCAUCAACCCCGAUGGAGGCAAGAGCGGGAAGGCGCCCAGGAGGCGGGCCGUCUCCAUGGACAACAGCAACAAGUACACCAAGAGCCGGGGCCGCGCGGCCAAGAAGAAGGCGGCCCUGCAGACGGCCCCCGAGGCGGCCGACGACAGUCCCUCCCAGCUCCCCAAGUGGCCCGGCAGCCCCACCUCCCGCAGCAGCGACGAGCCGGACGCGUGGACCGAUUUCCGCUCCCGCACCAACUCCAACGCCAGCACGGUCAGCGGCCGCCUGUCGCCCAUCCUGGCGGCCACGGAGCUGGAUGACGGCCAGGACGACGACGCCCCGCUGUCCCCCAUGCUGUACGGCGGCAGCGGCGCCACCAGCCUCUCCCCCGCGGUGAGCAAGCCGUGCACGGUGGAGCUGCCGAGGCUCACCGACAUGGCAGGCACCAUGAACCUGAACGACGGGCUGGGCGACAACCUCAUGGACGACCUGCUGGACGACAUCGCGCUCCCCGCGGCCCAGCCGCCGCCCGCCGGAGGGCUCCUGCCGCGGAGCCCCAGCUUCCCGUUCGCGGCCACUCAGAGCUCCGGCCUCGGCUCCCCCCCGGGCUCCUUUAGCAGCGCCGUGUUCGGACCCCCGUCUCUGAACUCCCUGCGCCAGUCGCCCAUGCAGACCAUCCAGGAGAACAAGCCGGCCACCUUCUCUUCCAUGUCACACUACGGCAACCAGACACUCCAGGACCUGCUCACUUCCGACUCCCUGAGCCACAGCGACGUCAUGAUGACCCAGUCCGACCCCUUGAUGUCUCAGGCCAGCUCCGCUGUGUCCGCCCAGAACUCUCGCCGCAACGUGAUGCUCCACAACGAUCCAAUGAUGUCCUUCGCCGCCCAGCCUAACCAGGGGGGUUUGGCCAAUCAGAACUUGCUCCACCACCAGCACCAAUCUCAGGGCGCUCUUGGUGGCAGCCGUGCCUUGUCAAAUUCCGUCAGCAGCAUGGGCUUGAGCGACUCCAGCAGCCUUGGGUCCGCCAAACACCAGCAGCAGUCUCCUGUCAGCCAGGCUAUGCAGACCCUCUCGGACUCUCUCUCAGGCUCCCCCUUGUACUCAGCUAGUGCAAACCUUCCCGUCAUGGGCCACGAGAAGUUCCCCAGCGACUUGGACCUGGACAUGUUCAAUGGGAGCUUGGAAUGUGACAUGGAAUCCAUUAUCCGUAGUGAACUCAUGGAUGCUGAUGGGUUGGAUUUUAACUUUGAUUCCCUCAUCUCCACACAAAAUGUGGUUGGUUUGAACGUGGGGAACUUCACUGGUGCUAAGCAGGCCUCAUCUCAGAGCUGGGUGCCAGGCUGAAGGAUCACUGAGGAAAGGGGAAGUGGGCAAAGCAGACCCUCAAACUGACACAAGACCUACGGAGAAAAACCCUUUGCCAAAUCUGCUCUCAGCAAGUGGACAGUGAUACCGUUUACAGCUUAACACCUUUGUGAACCCCACACCAUUUUCCUAACCCAGCAGAGACUGUUAACAGCCCCGUUCCCCUGGGUGAAGCACUUACCCUCGGAAGUGAACUCUCUCUAUAAAGUAUGCAAAAUCUUCCUUGUACAGGGUGACGAGCCACCUGCCAGCGAAGGACCGACCCUGUCAGCGCCGCCCACCUCCUUCAGAGCACACCGGCAGCCCUCGCCUGGCGCUUCACUACCGUGAUGUCUAUGGGAUGUUCUAAGUGUCGUUUCUUUUGUUUGUUUUCCUUUGACUUCCCCCCCCCCCAUGCAUUCACUUUCAGUAUUUUUCCUUUCUUUUUUUUUUCUUAAUUUUUUUUCUGAUUAAAAUGUUAACCAUUUUCAUCCCCCUCCCCCCAACAAAUUUAAAAACAGAAGGAAAAUGUCUCCUUCUGACUUCGGGCAUCCACAAAAACAUUGGAGCCCAUGGAACUCACUCCAUAAACUAACCAUUACAGAAACCAGAGGGGGGAAUUAUCUUUCUUCUUUUGUUGGGGUUGAAAAGUAUCCUUUAAAAAAAAAAAAUGGCACAACUGUUGGCUGUGUGCACACCAGUCCAGGACUGAACCCCUGCGUAGGCAAUAUAAAUGGCACAGCGUCCGACCCAGGUCGGGUGGUCGGUGGAUGAGACCCCCCAGCACAUGGUCUUUAGUUGCCUAGUCAGUAGGGCCCGUGGUCUCCUGUCAGUACCCUCAGUAUAUGUUGGUUAGAAAAAAAAAAAAAAUAGGGUCUUUUUAAGAAAGAAGUCAGCUUGGCUGACCACUCAUUGCCAAAUGCCAUUAAGGGAUUUAGUUUUAAGGAGGAAAAAAGAAAGAAAGAAAAGGAGGAAUAACAAUGAAAAAAAAAGUAGUCCUGUUUUGCUUUGCAGAAGAAAUGAGCUCCCAGACGAGCCCCUAAGCCCACACUGAGAAAUGUGUAGACAGUACAAACCCACAUCAGUGCUGAAGGAGUUUCCAACUUCUCUGUUUUCCUAAAUACACACCCUGGAUUAUUUCCAGUCUUGCUGUGUAUACUCUGAUCCUAGUAGGCUUGUGAGUGAGGGGCACUAGUAUUCCAACUUUUUUUUUCCUUAAUAUAAACUAAGCUUCUUAUUGUAUAAGUGACAGAACGCAAGUCCAAGAUAGAGCAGUCUGGGCUGUUUUUGCUUUUGUUUUGCCUUUUUAAUCGCUUCUCUGCUUUGAUAGGUUUCAUUUUGUUUUGUUUUCCAAAAGUUACGGUGCUGUCUAGGUGCUUUCUGUUUAACCGGGAACGUGUGAUGAGUCACUCUGUUGGUAGACAGCACAGUCGAGAACACCUUUGGUACAUACAAAACUUGUGUGACACCACAUACUUCUCCAAAGUGAUACAUGAAGACUCUUUUCUUUUGCAUAAAGAAGCAUUAGGCAUAGAAAUGUAUAAAUAUAUUUUACCAUGUACAAUACAGAAAUGGAACAGUCUGCAUGGGUGUUAGGAAUACAAGCUAGUUUUUUUUUUUUUUUAAUUUUUCCCAGCACAGACCUCCCUGCAUGAGUUCUCGCUGAGUCUUGCACCGUGCAGUGAGCACGGACUCCCUUCCACCAACACAGACGUGCCACCUGACCCCUCUGCGCUCAGCACUAGCUGCCAGGGUCCCCCUUGUGCACCUCUGCUUUAGACGGCCGCUGGGGUGAGACCGGCGGUGGGUCCAAAUCCUAGAAUAAUGAGAGUUCCUUUGGGCAUUGUCACACGUCUCUCCUGCCUUGCUUGGAUUGCUCUGUCGGAGUGAUGGCCCCGUUGAGUCCACCCUGCCUUUUUACCAAAUCUGUAAGUUGGGCAGUUGUGGUGACAGUAGGCCUGUAGCAUAUCGCCUUUUUCUGAACAGCUACAAGUUUAUAAUCUUCAUUUUAAAAGUAUGUAUAAUUUUUAAAUAUAUAUAUAUAUAUAUAUAUUCUAUCCACAUGGUCUGCUUGUCGGUGAGAUACACUUGCUUCCUGUAUUCCUUUAUAGUAACGUCAGCCAUUUGAUUCUUUGGCAGUCUGCUGUUCACAAGAACCAUAUAAUAUCAAUGAAAUGGGGCUGUCUUUCUGGCUCCUAAGUGGCCUCCCCUGCAGAGAGAGGCAGAUCAGAGAUGGCAGGGAGGAACAGUGGACAGUCAGGUGCUGGGGUUGGGGGACUUGGGGACUUGGGGUGGAGAGAGAUGACUAUCCAAUACAAUAAAAACUCCACGUGACUUUCAACUUGAGAACCCUGAGACUUUCCUGAGCUCCAAGAAGCAAACUGACACAAUAGCUAUUGGCCUGGACAGUUGUUUUUCGUUUUGUUUUUGUUUUUUAAGAUGUUGGAAGUUAUUUUGAGAGUAAGAAAGGCAGCCUUCAAAAGUGUUUCAACUUCAAGACUGUUGAAUCCCUUCCAGACAUGUGGCUUCUUGUUUAUCCUCCCUACCACCACCACCCCAUGUUUGUUGGGUUUCAGGCAGAAUGACUUACUAAAUGUCCUAGAACCAGAUUAUCAUUUAAUCUAAAACAGCUGAGGGGGACGGUAGAGGUAUGAGAACAGGGUAGCCACCAAGCAGAUCAAGAAAAUGGAGAUGGGAAGGGUCCUUGGAAAUGUUUUUUAAUAACUCAGCAUCUCUAUGUAGAGUGUUAUAAAUUGCUGAGGGAUCAGGGCAAAGUCAAGGGUGGCACCAGUAACAAGGGCGGGGGUGGGGGGUGGGGUUGUCAACAGGGAAUGAAAUAGACAACAUGGAGCUCAGGGUGUCCUCGGGCCCUUCCAGUGACGUUUCGAUCUAGUGGCCUGCUGGGGCAUGGAGGCUGUCAUGUUCAAGAGCUAUAUACAAGGCCACCUUCCACCUCUAAAUAACUUGCUCCAGGGAGCCUUCCACUCCUUGACGAGAAAUAAAAGUGAAGGAUAACUACUAAUGUAUGCAGUCUGGAACUCUGUUGUUUUCAGAAAUCCGGACCGGAUGCCUUUAUCCACCACCCCCAGCCCCACAACACACCCCAAAGUUUGAGCUUUAUCCAGCCUUCCCUGUCCUGGUGUGAGCACUGACUGCUAGGUUCAGUGGGUCCCAUUAACUGUGAAUGAAUCUGAGUUCCAUUUCCUUGAUUUGUGUCCUCUGCAAUAUCAUGGUUGCUGAAAUACCUAUUUAAAAAAAAAAGAAAUUCAGAAGUUUGUCUUUCCUAUUAAUAGGACUGUGCACACACUGUGUAGACCAAAGUGGACUUUGUGUUUGGUGUUGCGUUUUGUUGACAUCAUGUGUGUCACUUCCCUGCCCUGACUUGCCGGCUCGGGACAGGCCCAGUCUCAGGGUGUCAUUUUAAGAUGGCUUCCAAAUUUGUUAAAGAUGGCAGGGACAGACUUUGCAUCUACCUAGCAUGUAAGGCAUAUUUAAGUCUCUUGGAAAGACUGAAUCAAGAACAAAGCAAGAAAAAUAAAAACAGCCAGUCCAGUUUCAUAUGCUGAUGCCUAGGACUGGCAAGGGGACGUAAAUAUGUCCCCCUUCUCUCUGGUUAGCUAAAAUAAAACCAUGACAGCUCUAGAUGGAUUUUUCUUUCUUUUUUUCUUUUUUUUUCUUGCUAUAUUUGGGCAACAUUAUAUGAUUGAGCCUUUUUUUUUUUUUUUUUUUUUUUUUGGUUAGGAAAAGCAGCAUUUUUAUGAAAAUGUAGUCACUGGCAAAGAGGUACGAAAAAGCCAGCUUCUCCUGGAGCCUGGAGCAGCAGGGCACAGAAAGGAAAAGUAAAGUUCUUGUGAAAUGAAACCAUGUUUGGAAACAAGAGCCUCAAAACAGAUGCCCAGGUAGCUGGAAAGAAUUUGUACUAUUAGGUCUAAAUUGUUAGUAUUUUCUUUUUAUAAAGUUAAAAUGAAUGAAAUAUUUUCUUCUUGUUCCAUUUUAUUUACAAUUUACAUAUAUAUAUAUAUAUAUAUAUUUUUUUUUUUUUUUUUUUCUGAAUGAUUGAUUUUGAGGCCUCUGCUAACUCCGGGAAUAUCUGUGCAUCUGCUUUUAAAAAUUGUGUGACCAGUCAACUUAUUUCUCUGAAGUUAUCUCAUUGCCUGGCAAUCAGUCUUCUCUCUCGUAUAUUUCUCCAAGCACAUUAUGUAUACAGGAAAUGUAAACAGAUAUGAAGAAGGACCAGAAAAAAAUUAGUUAAUUUUUUUUUAAAAAAAAAGUAUAUUGUGCAUUUUGGCUUCACAUGUUUAACUUUUUUUAAGAAAAAAAAAGUUGCAUGAAUGGAAAAAAAUAUCUGUAUACAGUAUAUGUAAAAUUGUCUUACCUGUUUCAAUUUCUCACGACCCCCCCCAUCCCCAAACAACUAGAUUUAAAUAUGGUGCAUGGCCAUAUUCAAACACUUAAGAGUCAAGCAGUUGCUACUUUGGUUUGAAGAACCUCAUCCUUUCUUUCAAGGCGAACACUCUCAUGUUGCACUCUCACUGAGGAUUUUGUCUAACCAUAUGUUGCCAUGAAUUAACUAUCACUUCUCUUCUUAUGAAUCCAGCCCAGUUUGAUUUGGGAAUCUUUCCCACUUUCCAAAUGAACUAGAGAUACAGUUCUUACUUUUUCUUGGUGUUUGUAGAUACUGCCUUGUGUAUUCCACUUAAAACCGUAACCUAGUUUGUAAAAGACAUGGUGACGCAUGUAAAUAAAGCAUCAAUGACACUCUA